UUUGGUAAAAGGAUACAGUAAGAUAUCAUAAUUGUUGUUUUAAAAUAAAGAAAAUUGUAAAUUGUAAAUAACCUUCAAUUAUUUUGCUGUUAUUAACAAAAUAAAAAGGACAAGCCAAAGUGGAACCCCACUGUCUGUCUUUGUCUCCUCGAGCAAAAAGGAAAGGAAAACAUAAAAAGGGAGAUUUAACCACAUCUCCCAUUUUUAUCAUUCAUCAUCGCUUUGAUCGUCACACUAGAUUUCUGUUUUGUUUGGUACGUGGAGGAUCAGAUCUUGGACGAUCUCAGCUCAAAGAUAAGAAGAAGGUGAGGAGAAAGUUUUAAGGCAAAAGGGGUUUAAGGAUGUCUUCUUUCACAGGAACACAACAGAAGUGCAAGGCUUGCGAGAAGACAGUCUACCCUGUGGAGCUUCUCUCAGCUGAUGGCGUUAGCUAUCACAAGUCUUGCUUCAAAUGCUCUCACUGCAAAUCCAGGCUUCAGCUGAGCAGAUAUUCAUCGAUGGAAGGAGUGGUGUACUGUAAGCCUCAUUAUGAGCAGCUCUUCAAGGAGUCUGGUAGCUUCACCAAGAACUUCCAGUCACCUGCAAAACCAGCUGAGAAAUCGAGCCCUGAGCUGACAAGAACUCCCAGCCGAGUUGCUGGCAUGUUCUCCGGUACACAAGAAAAAUGUGCUACUUGCAGCAAAACUGUGUACCCUAUCGAAAAGGUAACAGUAGAGAGCCAGACAUAUCACAAGUCCUGCUUCAAGUGCUCACAUGGAGGCUGCCCAAUUUCGCCUUCAAACUACGCAGCUCUUGAAGGAAUCUUGUACUGCAAGCACCAUUUCGCUCAGCUUUUCAAGGAAAAGGGAAGCUACAACCACUUGAUCAAAUCUGCUUCCAUCAAACGCUCUGCAGCCGCCGCAGUAGCUGCCGGUACACCAGCAGCCACUGUUCCUGAAUCUUAAACUUAAAGAAUCCUAUCCUCUCUCUAGUCUAAAUUGAAGUUAAUGCCAAACUGAUUCAGUUUGUUUUAUUCUUUGCGUCUUUGUGUGUUGUGUGUGAGUGUGUAUUAAUCUAUCCUUUGAUGUUCUUUGUUUCUAUUGAUGUCUCCUAAAGUCUUCUGUUGAUGUAUGAUUUUGUAUCUAUAAGAAAAUCUGAGACUUUUCUUUUGAUAAACAUCAGUUUCA